GAAAAAACAAUAUGUAAAUAAACAGAGAUACAGAAAUAGUUGACGAAAAAAAUAAAAAUAAAAAAACAGAAAUAGUUUUACUGUUUUAGUUUGUGGAAACUGAAAAGUGAAAUUCGGAAGGAAUUGAAAAGACGAUCUUUUCGGCGUGUCUUGUAUUUUACCAUGACAACUAAUUUAUCUAUAAACCUUAAAAGAGCCAGUAAAGGAUAUUAUGAGGGGGAAAACUUAACAGGGGUGGUAGUAGUAGACUCGAGUUUUGGUGAUAUAAGACAUGAGGGACUCACACUCACCUUGGAAGGCUCAGUGAACUUACAAGUUAGUAGCAAAAAUGCUGGAUUAUUUGAUGCAUUCUCUAGCAAUAUUAAGCCAAUAACUUUAAUCAAUACAUCAUUAGAAUUGGCACCAGCAGGCAAGAUCCCGGUGGGAAUAACUGAGAUACCAUUUGAGAUUCCAUUGAAAGGAAGACCUACUUCCGCUGGGCCGGGGUUGUUGGAGACAUACCAUGGAGUGUUUGUUAAUGUCUUAUAUACAAUAAAGUGCAGUAUGAAGAGAUCAUUCCUCAAUAAACCACUAAACACUAGUUGUCAAUUCUUUGUACAACAUAAACCGCAAGAUCCGCCACCUCUGAAGCCAGUGCGAUGUGAGAUCACGCCAAAUAGCAUCCGCGCGUCGGCGGCUGCCACUCGAGCCUCCAUGCCACAUUUCCAGCUCUAUGCAGAGAUAGACUCCACUGUGUGCGCUCUGGACAAGCCCAUCACUGGGAAGAUCCGUGUGGAUGAAUGCUCAGUCGGCAUCAAGUCCAUCGAGCUGCAACUUGUUCGAGUCGAAACCUGUGGCUCGGCUGAAGGAUUCUCUAGAGAUGCCACAGAGAUCCAGAACAUCCAAGUGGGCGACGGCGACGUGUGUCGCUCGCGGGACAUUCCGCUGUAUAUGGUGCUGCCCCGGCUGUUCACCUGUCCCACCACUACCACGCACAACUUUAACAUUGAGUUCGAGUUAAAUAUUGCUGUGAUAUUUGAAGACAAUUAUUUAAUAACUGAAAACUUUCCCAUACUUUUAUUACGAUGUAGAUAAUUGUUCGUUGAUUGGUUUCCCAUCAUAAUUUAAUUCCUCUCGCCUAGGUAUAUGCAUCCCAAAAUAGGUAUUUUCAUUAGUGUUUUUAUUUUAUCGGUUAGAAAGAUGUAUAUAAUAAACUAUUAUAAGUUA